UCGCCUGAUGAGCUAACAGCUGCACCGAUUGUGUUUUGGUUUGGUUUUGCCUCCCAUGUGCCCUUAUCAUGAGGUAAGAAAAACAACAGCGUUCGUGUUUCGACCGUGUCUGUCCGUGUGUCGCUGGCUGUUCGCGUGGAGCUGCCGCUUUGUCUGAAGCUGUGGUAGCCUGUUAGCUAACAACUAGCUCCAUUACAAAAUCAGCACCUAAUGUAUGCGGAAUGCGCAACCAUUGCGGAUGUGGUGCAGAAAAAAAUGCGCAUCGAUGCGACAUAACGCAGAACUCUUUCUGCCUGGAUGAUGCAUCUCGGAGAGAAACAAAUGGACAUGUAGAUGGAGCACUCAGCCUGCUCCAGGUGUUUUACAAAACAUCUACGUAAACUGAACAUGAAAGAAAUUGACCUUAGUGGCUUAAACUAGCCAUUAAACUCUCUGAAAUCCCUUCAAAACACAUCAGUGUUUUUUGCUCUCUCUAAGUUUUUAGGCUCAAAAGAUAGUACAUAAAACGAUAUUUAAAUAUAUUUUAUCUUCUAUAAUUUUAUAGAAACCACUCCAAAGUGUAUGUGUGGCGGCUGUGCCCUGAGCAGGUUUCAUAAUCAUGUGAGUGGCAAUGUCUUUCGCAGUAAGUCCAGUCACACGUUGAACCAGCGUUCAUGGGGCAGGAGCUGUCCGUAUCAGAAUUGGCCCGCCAGUCAGUUCUGCUGUAAAUCAGGUCUGAUCCAUGACUGAGUACUACGAGGAGGGGGGGCUGCUGUACGAGCAAUCACCUCCCAUGCACAUCAAAGUGGAGUCUCCGGAGGGACCCUUUGGAGGGGGAGCCUCAGAGAAUGGCUUCCCCAGGGAGGAUGACGACUCGGAGGGCAGCUGUGACCAGAACACUGGAUUACCUGGGGGGCUCCCCUUCAACGUGGUAGUGGUGCAUCCGAACAUCAUGGCACCUGGCAUGUCCUCAGAUGACCCCUUGUUUAUUGAACAAAACAGAGCUAUGUCCGCUGCACUGGCUGCUGGUGGUGCAGGGAAAAGAAAGAGUCGCUUUAGUGGAGCAGAGCUUGAAGUGUUGGUGUCAGAAGUCACUCGGUGUGAAGGAGAACUCUUUGGUCCCGCAGGGAGGCUCCGACGGAGGGAGAGGGAACGCAUCUGGGCAGGAAUCCUGGAGAGAGUCAACGCUGUGUCCAGGGUCCCGCGCACCCUUCGAGAGGUGAAGAAGCGCUGGGAUGACCUGAAGAGGCGCAACGGAGGCAGGUUGGCGGACGCCCGCCAUCGCACCUGUUACCUGCCAUCCAGCAGAGGGGCCUCAAUGCUUGGACGCCCCUCUCAGCCAAGCCCCAGACUGCAGCACGCGAGGCAGAAGCAAAGCACCAGACCAAAGCCCAGUUUCCCAUGCUUCCCCGAUGCUGACACAGGUUUGGGAGUUGAAGGGUCAGAGAGGGAUGGUUUGGAGAAAGAUGAAGACAAUCCUGAGCGUGACAGAGACAUGGGAGAACCGGAGUGUGAAGCAGUAGAGAACAGCAUGGAGGACAAACUGGGAUUAGGACUGGGUCUGGGAAUAGGACCACCACCUCCCUCGGAACGAUGGCUGCCUCCUUCCCCGCUCUACAGCGCACCUUUUCUCAACGGCAGCCCUCAGCCAAGCAGCCCUCAGCCAUCGCUUGGAGCACAGCAGGGGCCUCUUGAAGCCCCUCCUCGCAGCUCCUGGCUCGAGGACGAGCUACGUGGAUUAGGGGAAGCAGCAAUUCAGCUGGGAAAUCGGGUAGAAAAGAGCCUCCGGGAGUUCGGUGAAGGUUUCAGACAAGACAUGAGAACACUUGUCGCUUCGCAAGAGGCAUUAGCAGUCAGUCUACAACAAAACAAUGUCCUCUUGCAAAGAUUAUUAGGAGUUCUCGAAGCCCAGCAACAACCACAACCACAGCAACAUCGUGCGCAACCACCGCACCAAUCACAAGCAUCUCAGCAGCACUUACAGCCAAUUCAACAGCCGCUACAGCACAUAGAACCACAGCAGCAGCAGCGGAUUGAAACGCCGCAGCAGUCACAGAUACAACAGCAGCAGCAACCGCAGGUCACCCAGCGUUCAAAUAAUCAGCCAGCAGUAGAACCGGCGCCUGCGCCAUCAUCUCCGGACAUACAUGGCACUUUUCCCUCUGAUCCACCCACAGAAACCAAUGGAAGUGUGCAGAGGCCGCGGCGAGGAAGAGCCGUCGACCACAGGCGCAGGAGGCGGCGCUGAGGAGAUGUAUUUAAAAAAAACUGCACAUGCAUAUUUGUUGUUUCAAAAUGUGAAAUGAUCCUCUUUUUCUACUGACAGUAUUUCUGUAAAAAUAAAUAAUUAUUUGGAGUUUUAUGUCUCACUCCAAAUUAGUAAUCCAUCUAGCACUUAUCCAGAAAGGACUGAAGCGAAUAGGAAAAUUCGACACACGAGAUCGUAGGGUGGCCUUAAUAUCAGUUUGGUUUUUCAGCGUACAUACUACUGUGGUAAAAGACUUUCUGAAAACAGUUGUUCUGUGGAGUGAGAACUUCACCUAAUAAGACUUUCUGUACCUGCGACUGUAGGUGCUGACGUUUAAUAACCGCGUCUCUGUACAUGAUUUGCAGCAGAGCUGCAAAAGUCAAUGAUGCUCUUACUCAUUCAAUACUGACUGAAUACUGAAUACUCCUGAUACACUAACUACACUGUCAUAAAGUACUUGUAAUCUGCAGUUGUUGCCAUAUAUUGUAUUUAAAUAGCUAUUGUAACUACCCGGCUAAAAUCUGCUUGUGCUUUUAUAACAGUUUCAUGGUACAUGCUUUUCCAACUUUUGCUUGGAAAUAAAGUUAGACUAUAUUGUGUUCAGAGGUUUUUCGAGGCAAAAAUGUUAUAUUUUAAAGAGCUGGGAGAUUUCAAAGAAAUUAAGAAAAAGACUCUCCAAGCAUAAAUGUCACAAUGUGCUUCAGGCAUUAAAACGCGUAUUUAUGGUGGAAUCUAAAAACAUACAUAGGUAUGUAGGGGCUAUUUAUGAUAAUCUUGCAUGCAGUAUCAAGGAUGUGUUUGUAAAUAGUUGCAAAGAAACAGCAUAUGGCCAUCAUCUGUGUAGUUUUGCACAAGCUAUAUUUUGUAGAUAGCUACUGUUCUGAUGAAAUGUAACUAAACCUAAUAAAAGACAGACAUGGACUGCAAAAGAAA